AUUAGCACCUACAAAACAAUAUAAUCUCAGAAAAGAGAGAGGAUGAGCUCAUCCUAUUUACGAGUAAUAUUACUCUUAGGUGCCCUUAAUGUUGUCGUUUCUUUAUCAAUAACCAAAUCUUUAAUAACCAAAUCUGCAACACUCGGUCAGGUGUUCCGAAUCUGUAAGAAUUUGUGUCCGGGAUGUGACCACGACUCCUUGCAGUUCUUGUUCCGACACAACCUGGUCCGUGCCGCAAGAUUCGAACCUCCUUUGAUAUGGGACCGCAGACUCCAGAACUACGCCCAAGGGUGGGCUAAUCAAAGAAGGGGAGAUUGUGCUUUGAGACACUCUUUCUCAAACGGAGAGUUUAAUCUCGGCGAGAACAUCUACUGGGGAUAUGGCGCCAACUGGUCUCCGGCCGAUGCGGUGGUUGCAUGGGCCAGCGAGAAGAGGUUUUAUCAUUACGGCUCCAACACGUGCGAUCCUGGUCAGAUGUGUGGCCAUUACACACAGAUUGUGUGGAAGAACACGAGGAGGGUCGGGUGUGCACGUGUGGUGUGCAACAAUGGUGGAAUCUUCAUGACUUGCAACUAUGAUCCUCCCGGUAACUACAUCGGCCAGAAACCCUAUUAAUUGAUCAUCAUUUAUCUAUUAAAAAUUCUCCAAAUUAAAGACAUCUUAUUUUU